AUGGCGAUAAAUCGUCCGGCGAGGCAGGGGACUGCCCAAAAGAGCGGGCCGGUGCGAGUCGAUUGUCAGUUAGUCACUGACACUCACGCGCCCUUCAUACUUAAGGUGUGGAUGUCGAGACUGAGAGCUAACCGCCAACCUUCUUCUCAGUUUUCACCUUCCUUACAACCAUCCAAACACAAGAGAACCUCAAACAGCUGGCUGUGCUUCCUCGCAAUGGGUUUCUCUACGGUCUUUACGGCCGCCGUCCUGGCCCUGCGCCUGUUCUCGGCGGACGUCCUCGCAGCUCCCGCGCCUGCUCCGGUUCCCCAGGCCGCUACUCCUGACGCUGCUGCCGGCUUCUGGGUCGCCUCGAUUGAGCGCCGCGGUGUCUCCGCCUUUGGUGACGCCAACUAUAAGAUCUUCCGCAACGUUAAGGACUUUGGCGCGAAGGGUGAUGGCUCUACCGACGACACUGUCGCCAUUCAGGCUGCUAUGGACGAGGGAAACCGCUGCGGCUUUGGCUGUGACUCCCAGACUACCACUCCCGCUCUCGUCUACUUCCCCGCUGGCACCUACGUUGUCUCCAAGCCUAUUGUCAUGAAGUACUACACUCACAUGGUUGGAGAUGCCACUCAGCUUCCCACCAUCAAGGCCGCUGCUAGCUUCACCGGUAUGGCCGUCAUCGAUGCCAACCCGUACGACGACCAGGGUAACAACGCCCAUACCAACCAAAACAACUUCUGGAAGCUUGUCCGCAACUUCAACAUUGACCUGACCGGCAUGCCCUUCACCUCCGGUGCUGGCAUUCACUGGCAGGUUGCCCAGGCUACCAGUCUCCAGAACAUCGUCUUCAACAUGCGCACCGAUGGUGGCGACGCCAACGUCCAGCAGGGUAUCUUCAUCGAUAACGGCUCUGGAGGUUUCAUGACCGACCUGACCUUCAACGGAGGCAAGUACGGUGCCUUCAUGGGCUCCCAGCAGUUCACUACCCGUAACAUGACCUUCAACAACUGCAAGACGGCCGUCUACAUGAACUGGAACUGGCUGUGGACCUUCCAGGACCUCAAGAUCAACAACUGCGGCGUCGGCAUCGACAUGUCCAACGGUGGUGCCAGCGCUCAGACAGUCGGCUCCGUUCUCCUGCUCGACAGCGUCAUUAGCAACACUCCUGUCGGCGUCUUGACUGCCUACAACCCUUCGUCUUCGUCCACCAACGGUAGCUUGAUCCUUGACAACGUCGACAUGACUUCCAACGUUCCCGCCGCCGUCCAGAUCGUCGACACCAAGGCCACCGUGCUCGCUGGUAACCAAAAGAUUGGAUCCUUCGUCCAGGGCAAGACCUACACUGGCACUGCCGGUCAGGGUAAGGCUGUUCAGGCUGCCCAGGAUGCUAUUGUCAAGCCCGCUGGUCUUCUCGCUUCCGAUGGCAAGGUUGUUACCCGCAGCAAGCCUCAGUACGCCAAUGUCCCUGCCAGCUCUUUCCUCAGCGCCAAGGCCAACGGCUGCAAGGGUGACGGUAAGAGUGAUGAUACCGCUGCCAUCCAGGCCCUGUUCAACAAGGCCGGCCCCAACGACAUUGUCUACUUUGACCACGGUGCCUACAUCAUCUCCGACACGAUCGAGGUUCCCAAGGACAUCAAGAUCACUGGUGAGGUCUGGCCUCUUCUCAUGGCCAACGGUGCCGCUUUCAAGGACCAGGCCAAUCCCAAGGUCAUGCUUCGCAUCGGUAAGGCCGGCGACGUUGGUACCUUUGAGAUGAGCGAUAUCAUCGUCCAGACCCAGGGCCCCCAGGCUGGUGCCAUCCUCAUGGAGUACAACAUUGCUGGCUCUACCCCUGGCGCCGCUGGCCUCUGGGAUGUUCACUUCCGCAUUGGAGGCAGCGCCGGAACCCAGCUUCAGUCCGACAAGUGCGCCAAGAACCCCAACGUCACCACGACCGCCAACCCUGAGUGCAUCGGUGCCUACCUUCUCACCCACAUGACGGCCCAGUCUUCUGGCUACUUUGAGAACACCUGGUGGUGGGUUGCCGACCACGAGCUCGAUCUUCCCGACCGCAAGGCCCAGAUCAACAUCUACAACGGCCGUGGUGUUCUCUGCGAGGCUACCAAGGGCACCUGGUUCUGGGGUACCGCCUCCGAGCACAGCGUUCUCUACAACUACCAGUUCAACAACGCCUCCAACGUCUACAUGGCUCAUAUCCAGACCGAGACGGCCUACUUCCAGGGUAACCCCGACGCCAAGACGCCCUUCACGGUCAACAACGCCAUUCUCGACCCCAACUUUGAGACCUUCUGCACCGGCCAGAGUGACAAGUGCGCUCGUACCUGGGGUGUCCGCGCCAUCAACUCCAAGGACAUUCUCAUCUACGGUGCCGGCCUGUACAGCUUCUUCAACAAUUACGACCAGGUCUGCGUUGGUGAGAACAACUGCCAGGACCACAUGGUCUCCCUCGAGAACUCGGAUGUCAAGUUCUUUGGUCUCAGCACCAAGGCCGCCAUCAACAUGGUUACGGUCAACGGCAAGGGCGCUGCGCUCGACACUGACAACCGCAACAACUUCUGCGCCACUGUGGCCAUGUUCCAGGCUCCCCUCUAG